AUGGACCAGCCAGUUACAAGUUGGGAUGUCAAUAAAGUGAAUUAUUGGCUUUCUUCACUUGGAUAUUCUGCAUAUGAAUCACAAAUAAAAGAACAAGAUAUAAGCGGAGAAAUAUUAGUUCAUUUAGAUCACGAGGCACUCAAGGAUCUUGGUGUUCGUUCAGUUGGUCAACGAGUUACAAUACUUAAAGCAAUAUACAAUCUAAAAAUACAACAUAAUAUCCCUGUAGAAACAGGAGAAUAUGUUCCACCAUCCGUAGAAUUUGAAAACGAAAUAUAUAAUAUGAAUGGUGUUCCGGAUAUUAGAAAAAUAGAAAAAUCAAUUCAUGAAAAAGAUGCAAAAAUUAAUCAAUUAUCAAAAGAAUUACAAAGGUUAUCAACAGAUGUUUCAAAAUUAAGAGAAGAGUUGACACCUAUUUGGAAAAUGGCAAAAGAAAAUAAGCCAAGGACACACAUUCAUCUAUCGUCUAGUAAUAAUAAUAACGAGUCACCACACUUGAAUGCUAAUGUUGGAUUAAAUACUGGUAGAUUUAGAGUGUCACUUGAAGAUCCAUGUUAUAAAGUAUUACCAUCAGCUCUUAAAAAAUAUAAAGUACAUGAUGAUUGGAGAAAAUACGCUUUAUUUAUUUGUUUUGGAAGUCAAGAUAAUCCGGUAGAACGUUGUCUAAGUUAUGAUGAGAAACCAUUACUUUUAUUUCAAAAAUUAAAAGAAGCAAAUCAAAAUCCAGUUUUCAUGUUAAAAAAUAUUAAAGAAAUUAAAUCGCCAGUUGCAACUGCUGAAGAAAUACUUAAUUCCUUGAAAGCUAAUAAAUCUAAAAGACAUCAAGAUGAAGAAAUGAUAGUUGAGGGCGAUUGUACAGCUGUUGCGAUAUACCCGUAUGUGCCGGAACUUGAUGAUGAGCUUAAUGUAGUCGUUGGCGAUAUUUUUAAAAUCAGAAGCAAGUCAGGCGGUUGGUGUUAUUGUGAAAAAAAUGGUCAGUAUGGUUGGGUACCAGCAAAUUUCUUGCUUGAAACAAAUGUCAAUGGUGGUGAUAUUAUGGAUGAUGAUAAUCCAUAUGUUGGUAGAGGUAUAGCAUUGAUAGACUAUCAACGAAAUACGGAUGAUGAAUUGAGUAUGAAUAAAGAUGAUACAUUACGUAUUUAUAAAAAACAAGAUUAUUGGUAUUAUUGUGAGUUGAAUGAUGAUCGUGGUUGGGUCCCAAGUUGGUACGUCAAGAUUGAAAAAGAUCUUAUCGAUUAUGAACACGAGAAAUCACCAUCUUCGCCGGCUUACUACGUGGCAGACGUUCCUGAUCAACCGGGAGUUGGAUAG